UAUGAAUAGUUUAAACUACGUCACGUUGCAAGUCGGUAGGCGCAUACAGUAGUGAGGGUCAGCAGUCAGCACGCGAAGAGGAGAAGAGAGAAAAAUCGCUCAAUCUGGUAACUGCUGGUAACGCUGGUCCCAAACCCAACAACGGUUGGGCGGGCUGGGCAUUAGUUGACGUCGUUAACGUUGACGGGAGACGGGAGACGGAAGUGAGGUUUGAUUUGAAACUGUGAAAAUUAUAGAUUGUAUUAGGUUAUAUUAUAGAUUUUGUAAAGAGAUUUAAGAUGGAAAGUAUGGAAAAUGUUAUCGAACUUGUGCAUAAGAUAAACAGUCUUCGUGAAGAAGAAUUUCUGAAAGAAGAAACCAAACAAAUUACAGAAUACAAAAAUCUAAUGGAAACAUUACAGAAUUUGAAAGAUGAACAAAAUGAUUACAAUAAGAAUAUUAGUAAGAAUCUUCAACGUCUUACAACUCAUAAACACUUUAUUCAUAAACUCGUUCAUAACUCAGGAGAUAUGCCUGUAUUGCCAGUAUCUCAUGAUCAUCAUGAGAAAACAAUAACAUUUUUAACUAAAGGUAUUGAUAAUGAAAGUAACAAGGAUUCUGUAAAUCUCCAUAACAUUACAACUUGUGUGAAUAAUGUAGUGAGUGAACUUUAUAACGUAAAGUCUUUAAUUAAUGAAAUACAAACAUUACAAAAGAAUACAGAAGAACUAUGUUUGGUCCACAGUGAUGAGGACCUGGAACUCUGAAAGUAAGUGAUUACGAAUGAAAGUAUUAUUAAUUACAUGGCAAUGUGCAUAAUGCUAUUUUCUAAGUACCAA